CGUCGCAUUAGUGGUUAAGCCUGCAAAACGUUAAUGUUUUCAGUUAUUUAAAGGCGCCAAUACGUGAUGGUUGUGUUUUCCCGGUGAGGAAUUUAUGUGUGGUGUGUGCCGAUAAAAAAAUACCGCAAGACGAGAAAAAAAAUCUUUGAAAAUCAACACGAUUUAUCACGAGAUUGACGAGCUUUCUUGUGAAUUUGUUUACCCAGUGAAAAAUAGUGUUUAGUUCGAGGAGUUAAACUUUAACAGUGAAUGCAAAAAGAAGACCGGAGUGAUAGCGGAAUUAAAUAUUUUGUCAUCAUAUAAUGUCGCAGCGCGACACUGUAAUACACCUUGUUGCCGGAGGAGUUGCUGGAACAGUGGGUGCUAUUGCAACCUGUCCUCUUGAAGUUGUCAAAACACGAUUGCAAUCUUCAACCUCUGGUUUCUAUCCUCCUGGAAACAAGGAAUUUUUUUCCGGUCAUGUCACUUGCAAAACCUUUCCAAAUCCGCCUCAAAGGCGAUUAUGUACUGGUGACAAUCCGAGAUACUCGAUGAUAUUGUCGCAUUAUGGAACCUCGGGCGGUGCUCCACAUUCACAUGCUCCGAAUUUUAUUCACUGUAUAAAAUAUAUCAUAGACAACGAAGGAUAUCGAGCCUUAUUUAAAGGAUUAGGACCAAACCUGAUUGGUGUUGCGCCCUCAAGGGCGAUUUAUUUCUGCACAUAUUCACAAAGCAAGGGCUUCUUCAAUUCAUGUUUACCUCCUGACAGUCCAGUUGUUCACGUUUGCUCCGCUUCUUGUGCCGGUUUUGUGGCGUGUACAACGACGAACCCAAUUUGGUUCGUUAAAACGAGACUGCAGCUAGAUCAUCAUUCAAAUCGAACCAGUGCCCUAGAAUGUAUCCAGAGGAUAUAUAGAAAAUCGGGUUUCCUCGGCUUCUACAAGGGCAUCGUCGCGUCCUACUUUGGAAUCAGCGAGACAGUCGUUCAUUUCGUCAUCUACGAGGCUGUCAAAGCUUGGCUUCUGACUCACAGGUCAACAGUGACUGAAAACGAUGACUCGAAAUCGUCGCGCGACUUUUUGGAGUUUAUGGGAGCUGGAGCUUUUUCGAAAACAGUCGCUUCUUGUAUCGCUUACCCUCAUGAAGUGGCGAGGACAAGAUUAAGAGAGGAAGGAACGAAAUAUCGUGGCUUUUGGCAAACUUUGAAUACAGUUUGCGCAGAGGAGGGCGUUCGGGGAUUGUAUCGAGGAUUAUCGACGCAAUUGAUAAGACAAAUACCAAAUACAGCCAUAAUGAUGUCGACGUAUGAGGCCGUUGUCUAUGUUCUUUCGCGACAUUUUCAACCGACUACCAAUGUACCAGGCACAACACAAUUCUACACCGAAACCAAAAACAAACAGGAGCUUGCUUAGGAAUUGCUCACGGCUCGAGAGUAAUUAGAGCCGUGAAUAAAAAAAUUAACUGAUUAAAGCUUUCAAAUAUUCUAUACCAUCAAAAAAGUGAAUCGAAUAUUUCAAAAAAUAUUUUUCUACAUUUUUUUUUAAUUUUAAUUUUUAAUUUUCUAAAUGCAAAAUUUUCAGUCUCAUCUUGUAUUUCUUCAUAUUCCCCAUAUUUUUUUCCGUUUCUUUAAUUGAACGUUGGUUAUUUUCAAUAUAAGCAAAAUUGCUUUUCCGAUAAAAUUUAAAAGCGAAAUUCCUAAUUUUUCCAUAUUUACUAAAUUUUAAUUAAAUUCAUUAAACUUGACUUCAGUUAAUUGUGAACUAUUUUCAAAAUUCAUGCGGUUUUCUUUGUCGAAGACGAAAAGCAUUAAAAAAUAGUAACUCAAUUUUUCGAAUUGAAAACUAAAUAUUAAGGGAUUUUUUUACUCGCAAUUUUAAAUUAUUUGACUCAAUUAUUCCGCAUAAAUCAGUUGAUUUAAAAAUUACGAAAGAUUAUUUCACAGUCAUUAGUUUAUGUUAUCUUUCUAGUUUAUAAAGCGCCAAGUCGAUAUUGUGUAUAUAAUAUUAAUAAUAAUAGUAAUAAUAAUAUUAAUAACAAGAAAAGAAAAUAAUUAAAAAGUCCAGAAUCUACACGUAGAUUCGUCGCCCUUUUUUUUCUAAAUAAGGAGAUGUAAAUAGUUGGUGAAAAAUUCAAAUUAAGAGAGUAUUAUGCUUAUAAACUCCUUAUUUUACAUUUUAGAGGAUCGUUUCGCAAAUGUGAAAUACACUUUUUUCUUGCAUCAAUUUUUAGCGUUAAUUAUAAACAAAUAUUAUCUACAAAAUAUUUUUCAAUGAAAGGAAAUUUUCAAUUUUUUUUGGAAAAUUUGUCAUUAUGUCUAAUUUCUGAUUUUUUUCAAUUUUACAUUAGAAAUUAAUUAUAAAUUACACAAUAUAGAGAAUUGCCUCCAUUCCUAAGGAAGUGCAUAAUAAAAAAUUACUUUUAUUAAAUUUAUUUAUCUAUGAAAUAGAUACAUCACACAGUUGUGGAUAAAAUCUAUCGCAUUAAUCUUAAUUUUAGUUUUCCUAUUGAAUAAUUAAAUGUAAAUUAUAAAUUAACACAAAUGCGAGACGAAUGAGCCUGUGAUUUUAGUUUAUUCCGUCAUUUGUAAAUAUUUUAUUCUCUAUAAUUAAAGAAAAAAACCGAAUUCUUCUCAGGAGAGGAUAAUUUAAUUACAGAGAACAAAAAAAUCCAAAAACAAAA